CUGUAAUGCCUCCAGGGUGGGCUUUGUUUCGCUUUGCUUAACGCGAACAGCAGACAUAUGUACAUACAUAAUAUGCAGGCGUCUGCGUUCAUUAUUGCCAGAGCCAGAGCAGUUGAGUUCAAGCUGCAAAGAUAACAAAAGGCGAGAUACAAUCAGAACCUACAAUACGUACCUAUACUCCAUGCAUGCAUACAUAUACACAUAUAUGGUUUAGAAGUUGAAAGUCGAAUUCAGUAAGCGAUGAACAGCGCUUGAAUCGUGAGCACAGAGCAACAGGUGGCUUACGACCAAAAAAUAAAAUGGCUCUGGAUACAUGUCCAGAACUGCGGCAGCUUAUGCCGUUGGAUCAGCAGGAGUUAAUAGAGUCCUUUCUCAAGAGCCCAAACGGUCGCAAUGAACGCUUGCAAGCCCUGCUCCUCCAAUCGCCUUAUCCGAUCCUGCAAAUAUUAAAUUUGUUUUAUAAUCGGGCUAAAUUUAAUAUUGGGCGCGUCAUUAGCGCUGCGCUCCAUGAAAUGCUCGACAAUGACGCAUUAUAUGAGUCGCCACAAUUUAUCAACAUGCUUGCCAAUUUUCCUCAACAAAUAAUGGAGGCGUUAACUCUGCAACAAAAGCUUCUGGAUCGCUUACAAAGGGAUUGCGGUGCUAGGGAGGAAUUGCUGCUGGCCUUGCUGGCCCGUCAGGAUGAACAGCUUUUAAACCAGCUCCUGCGUAAAUCCCGCCAAGCAUUAUGGAUGCAGUGCAACGAUGGACUGCCCAAUCACCAACUAGUCCUACAAUUGGCGUUGACCGAGCGGGAACAUUUUGUGCCGCGCUUGUGCAAACAGUUGAAGGAUUUUCAUUGCAUACAAGAUUAUGGGUUGCGCAAUAACCUGUUGAUAUUGAAGCUGGCGGAUGAAUUUGCACUUGGAGGACAGACUGUCGACCAAUUGGGCUACAUAGAGAAGGCACUGGCUGCCUUUAAUUUGUCCGCAGUGCCUCCAGAGCUGCAGGAGAUACAUCACUUUUUUUACGCAGACUUUCAACGCUUGUCCCUGUUGCUGGCAUUUCUGCGACAGCACGAACAGGUGAACAAAACCUUAAGGGUUGAGGCUUUGUUACGUGCUCCAGGCGUAUUGACGUUAAUCCAUGACCAGGGCAUUAUCUGUGAGACUAAGCAGCUGAUGCAACUUAUCGAAGACACAUAUAAGUGGCAGCAAAAGACGCCUGCAUUAAAAUGUGUGCGUACACAAGAGCUGGAAACAUUAAGCUACUAUACGGCCCUCUGUCAUACAUACGACGUGAUAAUGGAGGAGCAAGAAUCGACCAGAGAAACGCUGCUGCAGUUGUCUACACAGCUGCGUCAGCUCCGAUCUCUUGGGGUUCUAUGCGCCAUUAUGGAAGACAUUUUACAUUUGGUCUUUCUGCGAUGGGAACAGCUGGAGGCAAGACAUAUGAAAAACAGCAAUGCUGGCAAUGGCGACGAUGACGACGACGACGAUGAUGAGCAAUAUGUAGACGAUGAGGCGACGCCACCAGCAGCAACAGCUGCUAAUCAUAGUAAGCAUCGCUAUGGCUUCAUUUGUCGCGCACCCUCCAUACAUGCACUUUUCACAUACCUCAAGAGUUUUGUGACCAAGAAGCGUCACACAGAGGAGUACAAAUGUGCCACGGAGGAAACGCAGUUUCGCUUUCAACGCAUUUCGGGCGCCAUUAAUGAGGCACUCUGGAAGUAUAGCGUACUGCAAAAGAUUGAAAAAUCGCUGACCAAGUCAAUGAAUCAGGGCGUAGAAGGUGCUGGCUCCUACUUGGGACCGGAGCAGCUGUUGCAGUUAAUUCAGCUGCACAAUAAGACACGCGAGAAAGCUUCCAGCGACGAUGAGAGUGGAGAGCGUCUCAACUUUGCCUCCAGUUUGACUCGGCGCAAGUCAAAGAAGCAAAGACGUGCCUCAACUUUUAGUGGAGCAACAGCAUCCACGGAACUAGCUGGCGGUAGCGGACUGACAUUGGAGCAGCAUCGUGCCCGUGCCAAUAAAAUGCGUACGGAUUUGAGUGAUGGUCUGGGAAAGUAUAGAAAGUUAACACCGCCAUUCACGGAGCGCUCAAUAAUACCCAAAAUGCUGUGCACGCCUGAGCAGUUGGCCAUCAUAGCUCUGGCUUUAAAGAACUUUAGCGAUGUCAAGUAUAUUAUAGAGACAUUUCACCUGGAGCACAGCCAUCUGAAGCGUGAUUUGCAAUUCAUGGAGCAGCAACAACUAAUCAAAGAGAAACUCUCCAACAUUUAUGCCAACUAUAUGGCUCUGGAAGACCAGCGCGUAGGCAGCAACACCACUACCGUAGAGCAAAUAAAAUCUGUUGCCGCCAAGGGUUUCGAGCUCUCCAAAAUUAUCAGCGUUGUGGAGAAUUUUGCGCAAGAGCAGCGACUACAUCAAAGCGUAGAAGUGAAGCAGUUGCUUCAACGACACGCAGGCAACUCACAGUACGCGUUUCUGCGCCAAUACGAGGAACGAAACUUAAAUGCUCUCAUCAUAGCCGAUUUAAUUGUGAACUUGCGAUUCAAUCGUGAGAUAACCUCUAAUCUCCUGCUGGUAAUAAGAAGGCAACAGCAAAUACACCAAUCCAGCGAGCAGCCUGAAGAUGUCAGUACUGAACCACAACCAUUGCGUGGGCAGAAAACUCAGUUACCCAUGGAAAUCGGGGCGAUGACGUUGCUGGAGAAUCUGUGUGAAUGCAUGAGAGUCUUGGAACGUGAUGGUCGACAAGCAGCUUUAAGUGAUUUGUUAAGCAGGCACUGCUAUACUUUAAAGCCACAGCAGUUGGCGUUGGAGCUGCAACGAGAGGCGGCCUUCAAUGCUGUCUAUUACAAAAAAGAUGCGGACUAUGCCCAUUGUCAGGAUUUGCGCGCCCACAUCCUUCAUUUUCAGCAGCUAAAAUCGAGGCACAAUUAUUAUGCCCGCUUCUGCAACUAUGUACACCAAUUAGCGCGCCUUCUCCAGCUACGAGACGCUAAUUUGGAGUACCACACUACCCAAUUGCUCAAACAUGAUCCCUACAUUGUGAUCGGUGAACUAAUCUACGACUGUGAUAUGACACCCCUAGAAAUUGAGAGCAACGUGGCUGCUUUAAAUUUGAGUCUUGUUCAUGUCAUUGCAUUAAACAUUUGCCCCCAACUUAUGCCUGGUGUGGCUGCAGGCCAGAUGGUUGCCCAACGUUCUGUGUCACCACAAAAGAAGGAGUCCAUUCACAACUAUCUGUCGCAGCACAAUCAAUUAUUGGCCCAUCUCCUGGAGACAGUUCAGCUGGGACACAUUUCAGUCGUACCACCAGAGUCCGGCCUGAACUUUGCCUAUUUACAUGAAUUGAUUGAACUAAAUGAAAUAGACACCCUGGCUAAAGUGUACAAUGGAAACAGGGUGGUGUCUGCUUUGCAUUCCUAUAAAUUGGACAGUACCGCUUUGGAGCAUUUGGUGGAGUCCCCCCUUUUGCAGUUGCAAAUUCAAUUGCUUGGCAUCAGCGGUACAACAGAAUCUUUUAAGGUGCGAGAGGAGCGCAUCGAUGGCUUGAUAGGGAAACUAAUUGAAAUGGAUGGAAGAAACAUAACGCUAGUCACACACAUGAGCGACAUUGUACUGAGGGCGCGACUAUUGCAAGAGCACUUCACGAAAAUUCCGACUACAAAUUUGGCAAAGGAGCUGAUCGAGCGUACUUUGCAGCAUCGACAGGCAUCACAAUCUAUACCCAACUCUCUGAGGAAGCAAUUGGAGCACACGUUGUCCGAUAUAACGAUCUAUGCACGCGUUUCUACGGUGCUGGAAUUUGAGACUUGGCCCCAGGCUUACGAUUUUGGACGCAAGACACCGAAUGUGAUAUUCGAGCAGCUGCUGCAAAGACAGCUUUUUGAACUGUGCCACCAAUGGUGUCAGGUGGUUCAACUAACCACCGCUUAUGCGGCGCAGCAGCGCACUUUUCUGCUUACUCUAUUGGAUUCUCUGCUCGAGGUGCUCGAUGAUGUGGAUGAGCAUUUAUUGCGUAUAAUAGAGCUGUUUCCGGCUACAGCGCUUGUUAAUUUUUUGGACACGCAUAAGGAUAAGCUGCGUUCCCUUGAACUAAUGGAAUGGGUGAUAAAUUUCCUGGUGGCGAAUGCGCGUAAUGCGCGUGUUUAUAGGAACUAUAGGGUUUCCUUGAUGGUGUGUCGUCAAUUGGGCGCUACUGAGCGCCAACACUUUUGGCACCUGCUGCGUUAUCCUUUGCUCAUUAUCGAGCAACUCCUUCUGAAUGCCAAAUUUGAACUAUUGGCCAAGGUGAUGCCAGCGGCUAGAACGGCGCUGCAGAAGAUUCCCGCAGGCGAGCUGUGUCCUUACUGUUUUGACAAACGUGGACAUAACUAUGAUGUGCAAGCAACCGAUGAUAAAAGCGGAGGUGUUGGAAGAACUGGAACUCCAAUUGGUAAAGCAGGCGUUUCACAGAAGGUGCGCUUCCAGCUGGGUCACACCAAAUCGGAGACCUUUAUUCUACUGAACUUCAAUUUGUACCAGCAAGAUCACAUCGUUGGCAAUGAUUGCUUCGAUCUACUGCUGCGCAUCUAUGCCAGCAAGGCCUUGGACUAUCACAUUGCCGACGUGCAUUCGGAGCAAAGUUCCAUCAGCACCGACCUACAGAACUCAUUGGACUCGCUCUGUGGAGCCUUUCAAAUACCAAAACAAGCGCCCAGCCGAGAGCAUUGGGUGAGGGAUGAGGAGGCCUCCCAUUGCAUGUGUUGUAAGCGCGCAGCCUUCACAAUGCUGAUGCGACGUCACCAUUGCCGGCGCUGUGGACGCGUCGUCUGUUAUGCCUGCUCCACGCAGCGCAUGAAGAUAACCGAGCUUUACGGUGAGCUGGAGGUGCGAGUGUGCAAUGAAUGCAUGGAGCGUUGUGCUUCCGAGCUGCAGCCGCCAGUUUCAAAUGAAGAAGUUCCUGCCCUGGGAACGAGCUUUCCCUUGCGUCGCAGCGCCGUGAACGCAUAUAAAUGGAGACUGAGUGGCAUCAUCACCCACGACAAGUUGCUACGUGAAGAAUUUUGCUAUGAGCAUGCACCCAGUGUGGCUCUGAGCUUGUCCAUACUCAACCAUCAUCAGAGUCAAUUGCAAUGCGUCGAAUUCUUGUUAUUCCAUUGCCGCAAGCUGGAGAAGCUCAUUGUGCCCAAUCCGGAAGUGGACUAUGACCUGGUGGCGAAAAUGAUGAAUGUGCUAGCGUUGGCCGCAAAGGUUCGUGGUGCACCUGGAGAUCUGGACAACAUACGUGAGCACUCGGAAAUUGUGAUGGCUGUGGUACAGCAAGGCUGUGAAUCCCUCAUUCCUCCUGGACCUCUCAGCGAUCAGAAUCUGCGAAAGCUGGCCGAUGCUCUUGUGGAGGCGGAACAUUGGUCCCUCGCUCUGGAAGUUCAUUUAAAAUUUGGAUUCGCCACAACAGGUGUAAUGGCAGCACAUGGCAUGGCUUGUUUGCGAGCCGGAUGCUAUGAUGCAGCACGGGAGAAGUUUGCUCACUGUAUGACACGAGUCUCCAACGAGCAGUUAAACAGUGACAUAUGCAAGCAUAUAUUUUCCAAUAAUGUGGGGAAUGAUCUGAAAUCAACAGAUGCCGAGCCACCCCCAAUUAAACGGCCGCAACGUGGACCCGCCCUGCUGCAGGAGGUCCUGAAACUCAUUGCGUCGAUACCGUUGCCUCAUAUCCAGCAACAGCCGGAAACUCUAAAACGUGCCUCGUUGGUGCGUAACUCAAAUACUUCGCUUGCUUCGCUCUUUUCCCGUCGCAAGGAACCCCAUGUGCCCCGAACGCCACUACACGAACCGGCGCUCAAUGUGAUGAAUGCUUUGGCCAGCUUGAAGCAGAUCGCCAAAGGAAAUUAUGGCGAACAUAAUGGAAUCUGUGAUGAGGCAAAUCGUCGGCAAUCGCGCAGAUUUGAAGAAUCCUUACACUAUGUGCUGACCUAUGGCUCCCAUGCGGACAUUUUGCAAUUACUUAUGCAGCAAAACGAGCUGCGGGCGGCUUUGAAAUACUUGCAACAUGAGAAACUGGAAACGGAUCACUUUAUACAGCAGAUUUUUCAACCCAGCCUUGCCAUCGGUCAACUGCCCGUACUGAUUGAAGAAAUGCAACAACUGGACGAUGUGAAGCUCAGUUCGUGGCGUCUGCCUUUGCUGCAAACCUGUAGGCAUUUGGAGCAGCAGCAGCAAUUGAAUUCGUUAUAUCAAUUGCAACUAUUGCUGAAAGAUCCCAUUCGCGCCAGCAUGACUUGCGUGAAGUUCUAUGCCCUCAAUUGUGACAGCUUCCAAAAGUUGCACGCUAAUGCCGAGCAUUUAAGGUCAGCGCACAUGCAUUUGCAGAGUGAAUUGGACGCCAGCCAGUGGGACGUACUGCAGCGGGAGCAACAGCCGGCUAGAAGAACGAGCACGGUGAGCGUGGGUUCAACGACAGGGGCGUGUUUUGCCAUGCAGAUGGACGCACGUGCUCUUAAUAGCCAUAUUAAUACCAUACGGCUUCAAAUGGAGGUGGCUAAGUUCCUCGCCAAAUGCGAAAAGGAAUCCCCCCCAUCUAACGAUGCACUUAUUACCCAGCAGAUCCUGAAGCAGAUCCGGUUGGACUCACAUCGAGCCUCACUUCCGACUCUUUUUGAAGGACCUGCUGACAAAAUUCAGCUCUGCAUUCUAGUACUUCUGUGCGGUAAGAAUAUAGAUGUGGGCUUCGGUCUGGCUUACAGCAUUAUACAAGACUACAAGCUGGCGCCCAUGAAAGUUUUUGGAGCCACGGCAAAGUAUUUGGCACGCAAUAAACGUCUAGCGGAGGUGGAUAGACUGCUAAAUUGCAUUGCCAGCAACAAUGGCGGAAGCAGUAGCUCCGAUACUGAUGAACUGCUCUCGAUUGCAAUCAAUGCCGCUGUGCAAUGCCACGAGCCAGAGACUAAGCAGCUAUUGGAUAGCUUGGCCAAGCGUAUUAGCAACGUGGAGUUGCGUAUUUCAUCUCACAUUUUCAUUGGCCAAUUGAAGUCGGCCUAUUUACUGGCCAAUAAAUACGACCGCUUGGCAGAUAUACGCAAGAUUUUACGCCAAGCUGAGCUUACAAAUCAGAUACACAUCAAGAAACUAUGUGAAAAGAAACUGAAUAUUCAUUCAAAGCCAAUGGCACCAACGCCACUGUGAUAAUUUAUUUUCGAUUUGGCAACAAUAUAUUCAACUGUAUUUGUUAUAUCAAUUUUUUAGCUUAAUAUUUAUUUUAAUCCUUUAAGCUGUAAAAGACAGCAAGUAUUUCGUGUUCUAUGGUAAAAAGUUCUCAAAUUGUACCAAAUUAUAUUUAAAAUGUGUAUUUCCAGUUUAUUAUACAUAUGUACCCAAGUUUAUUAAACAGUUUUACAAACCA